UUACUAUUAUUAUUAUUAUUAUUAUUAUUAUCCAGGCUGUCGUUUCUUUCGGGCUCGGUUGCUUGGCACCAAAAUCCAAAGCCAGCCCCUCCUUCCUCGACAAAUUACGGAUUCAAUAAGGAAAUUUUCCUCUCUCCAAUAACUUUUGAAUCCCAAAUUCAAAAGCCAUCAUUUUUUUUCUUCGAUUUUCAUAAAACUUAAUUCCAUCCAUGGCUUCUCGUCGGCGUAUGCUCCUAAAGGUGAUCAUCCUUGGCGACAGCGGGGUUGGGAAGACAUCGCUGAUGAAUCAGUACGUGAAUCGGAAGUUUAGUAAUCAGUACAAGGCAACAAUUGGGGCUGACUUUCUGACGAAGGAGGUUCAAUUUGAAGAUAGGCUAUUCACAUUGCAGAUUUGGGAUACGGCUGGACAAGAAAGGUUUCAAAGUCUUGGUGUGGCUUUCUAUCGAGGUGCAGAUUGCUGUGUUCUUGUCUAUGAUGUUAAUGUAAUGAAAUCUUUUGAAAAUCUUAACAAUUGGCGGGAAGAGUUUCUGAUUCAGGCUAGUCCAUCCGACCCUGAGAACUUUCCAUUCGUUGUGUUGGGGAACAAGGUAGAUGUUGAUGGUGGAAACAGUCGGGUGGUCUCUGAGAAGAAAGCUAAGGCAUGGUGUGCCUCUAAGGGAAACAUACCGUACUUUGAAACAUCUGCCAAAGAAGGGUUUAAUGUUGAUGCUGCUUUUGAAUGUAUAGCCAAAAAUGCACUCAAGAAUGAACCUGAAGAAGAAAUAUACCUUCCUGAUACAAUUGACGUUGCUGGUGGAGGGCGGCAACAACGAUCGACUGGUUGUGAAUGUUAAGAGGUCUUCAAAGGGCUUUGCUCUUCGUAUCAAUUCUACAAUAGACCCUUAGCAUUUGGUGAAUAUAAUUUAGUUGCUUUUUAACAAACGUAUACUUUAUCAUCAUCUAGUGAAGGUUAUGAAAUUCUAUUUGUAUCAUAGAUGGAUCAGGAGAAAGACAUUUUGUCUAUCAUUCUAUCGCUUUCGUUUUCCUUUUGCUUGUAUCUUCUUUUAUGGCUCUAUUCCAAUGAAGUGUGAAUUGCAUAUGUUAUUGUACUACUGGAUAGUACUCGCAAUCAUGAUUCAUGACUCAUACUUCUUGACCGUCUGCA